UUUUUGACAUUCGAUCAAAAAGGAUAACGUCAAAACCAUUCAAAAGUCGAAUUAUCAAAACAAAUAGACAUGAACGACCAUUAAAUUUAUACAAGUAUUUUCUAAAAUUUCUACAUUUCAAAUAAAAAAAUAAAAGCACUAUAAACAUCACUCGAAAAAUUUGAAAAAAAGGGAAAAAAGAUGGAUGAAUCGGAAGAAAUCAACGAUGAGAGUGACCACGAGGUGGACAGUCCCAGUGGGUACUAUACCCGAGCCAAAAGAAGGAAACUUUCUGAAAAAUACAGUGAUAAAGAGCAAUGCUCUACCAGUCAGCUGCUCUAUCGCAGCACUGAGCUUGGAAAGAGGAAGAACCCUAUCAUGUUUGUGCCUACAGAAGUACUACAAAAUAUAUUCAAACGUAUUUCAUAUCAUGAAUUAAGUACCAAAAUUCGUCUGGUUAAUAGAAGAUUCAAGACUGUUGCAGAAGAUAUGUUAAAUAUCGGUUUUAAAUGUUUGGAGAAGAAAAUACAGAAUCUUAUAAGGAUGACGGAUAUAAGCUUGGGAUAUACCAGAGAUGACAUGGAAAUUAAGUGCAUUUCAAAAUUAUUGUGUAUGUUAGAAAUUUUAAAUUUACAGUACGCCAUCAUUGUAGCAACCAUUUGGAGGUACGUCUAUAACGACUAUUACAGGACACCACGUUUCUGCAUGUAUGCGGGACUCAUCAUCGAUACACACGAGAGCUUCUUUUACAAGUUUUCUCACUGUCCAUGUCAGUUAUAUGCCGCCCCUGUACUACGGGAUUACUCCUUGCCGCAAGAAGUGAUGAAGAUCAUCCAAAUGACGAAAUCAUUUUGUGUACACUUUGACAAGACCAACGAGGAACCGUUAACCAAUUCGUGUGUCUUGAGCGGUUGCAAGAUACUGGAUUUACUGGAUUGUUCGAAAUUUUGCGAGAGAAUCGUACAUUUUGAAAGAAAAACCGGUGAUAAUUUCUUUGCGAAGUACAGUUAUUUUUUCAAAAACUCCUGGUUUGUUGCUAUGCCAAUACCCCCCACUAAAGACAUGGAAUGGUCUCAAAAACAAAGGAUGAUGCACAUGAGACUGAGGAGGAUAGUGCUAGCCCACAACGACAUGUAUUUGCAACAAGACCAAUAUCAAAGAGAGAUUGCUCUAAGAUACGACCACAGAACAAGUAUCAAGAAACCAGGCAACAAUGUUUACACAGGCUAUGGAGACAUCGAAGACAGAUUUUUUUAUUAUGGCGUAAUGAACGACGGUGCUUUUAUUCAGAAGUUUCACCCCGAUGAAGGCAACGAAGAACAAGAUGACGAAGAUGAUAUAAACGAUAACCCUGUUCAAAAUCGAGGAGAUGUAGAAUUGGUCAGGGUUAAUUCUGAAGAAGAUGUGUUCUACAGCUUGCCUUAUUUAGGGUUCAGAGUGGAUGUUACUGUAUGUUGCUCUCCUAUUUACGCACCUUUAAAAUUCAUGAAAACUCUUUCACACGAUGAUAGAAGGAAAGUUUCCAGAAAACAUUCAGUAAAAGACGUUACGCAUAUCCACAUGGAUUUUGAAUGUUUUGGUGCCCACUAUGCGCGACUGCCCACCAGAUAUCAAUACGUAUUCCGACCCAGAAAGAAACCCAAUUGAAAUUGACCAUUUACGUUUAUUUACAAGGAGCUUUUUAUUUAUGGUGUCCUGCAGGGACAAAUUUUAAUCCCUUUAAUUUCAGAUUCGUUCAGACUGUGAUAUUUUUCAUAUUUACAAUGUAUUUUUCCUGCUUUUUUAUUCUUUUCUUUUCUUUUCCAUCAAAUAAAUGAAUAUUUUUUAUGGUUAUACUGG